AUGGCUGUCGCGUCCUCAUCGGACGUCGCAAUACUUGCGCUGGGCGUGGUCCUAGCUGCUGCAUAUCUUUUUCGUGAUUCGAUAUUCUCCUCGACGCCCAAAGCUGUCCCGGUUGCUCCUUCGAAACUUUCGAAUGGCCAUGGAAACCCCCGGGAUUUUAUUGCUAAAAUGAAGGAAGGGAAAAAACGUCUCAUCAUAUUCUAUGGUUCGCAAACUGGUACUGCCGAGGAAUAUGCAAUCCGCAUUGCCAAAGAGGCAAAAACCAAGUUCGGACUCACAUCUCUCGUCUGCGACCCCGAGGAAUACGACUUUGAGAAUCUAGAUCAGGUCCCCGAGGAUAGUUGUGUCAUUUUUGUCAUGGCUACCUAUGGCGAGGGUGAACCCACCGAUAAUGCAGUUCAGCUCAUGGAAAGCUUGACCGAUUCUGCAUUUGAGUUCAGUAACGGUCAACAUAAACUCGAGGGCCUCAAAUAUGUCGUUUUUGGUUUGGGCAACAGGACUUACGAACACUACAAUUCCAUAGCACGUCAGGUAGAUGCUGAACUCGCGAAAAUGGGUGCAGUCAGGAUCGGCGAGCGCGGUGAGGGAGAUGAUGAUAAGAGCAUGGAAGAGGACUACCUAGAGUGGAAGGACACUUUUUGGCCUGCAUUCGCUGAAGCUUUGGGUGUAGAGGAGGGUCAGGGUGGUGAUACCCCGGAUUUCGCUGUUACCGAAUUAGAAUCGCACCCUCCGGAAAAAGUAUAUCUUGGCGAACUUUCUGCACGUGCCCUCACAAAGACCAAAGGCAUCCAUGAUGCUAAGAACCCGUACACCUCUCCGGUCAAGGUUUCUCGUGAACUUUUCCAAGUUGGUGGAGAUCGUAACUGUGUCCAUGUCGAGCUUGACAUCGAAGGUUCUGGGAUCACAUACCAACACGGCGAUCACGUCGGUGUCUGGCCUCUCAACCCUGACGUUGAGGUCGACCGUCUUCUUUGUGCACUCGGACUCUACUCCAAGAAAGAUACCGUUAUAAACGUCGAUUCGCUUGACCCUGCUCUUGCCAAGGUUCCAUUCCCUGUCCCUUCAACCUACAUCAGCGUCCUCCGCCAUUAUAUUGACAUCAGUGCUGUCGCAGGUCGUCAGAUUCUCGGUGCUCUUGCCAAGUUUGCGCCCUCUCCUGAGGCCGAUGCGUUCAUGCGUAACCUUAACUCGAACAAGGAUGAGUAUGCAGCUGUUGUUACGAAUGGAUGUUUAAAGCUUGGCGAAAUCCUUCAACUGGCUGCAGGCAAUGACAUCAAUGCCUACCCUACGCCCCAGAACACCGCUGCCUGGGCCAUUCCCUUUGAUAUCGUCAUCUCGUCGAUCCCUCGUUUGCAACCCCGCUAUUACUCUAUCUCGAGCAGCCCCAAGCUCAACCCUACCUCUGUGCACGUGACGGCUGUUGUUCUCAAAUACGAGUCCAUUGCCAACAAGCUCAUUACUCCUCGUUCGGUAUAUGGUGUUGGCUCAAAUUUCUUGCUUAAUAUCAAACACGCCGCUAAUGGCGAAACCCCUGCCGCUAGCGAGGAACUUGAACACGUGUCGCUGCCGGUGUAUGCCAUCGAGGGUCCCCGCGGGGCACACAAGGCUGAGGACAUUUACAAGAUUCCUGUCCACGUUCGCCGUUCUACGUUCAGGCUACCGACAAACCCCAAGAGCCCUGUAAUCAUGGUUGGACCUGGCACCGGUGUUGCGCCAUUCCGAGGGUUCGUCCAAGAGCGUGUCGCUCUUGCCCGCCGAACACUUGAGAAGAACGGCGAUGAUGCUCUGGCAGACUGGGGUCAAAUCUCACUCUUCUACGGUUGCCGUAAGUCAACGGAAGACUUCCUCUACAAAGACGAGUGGCCACAAUACACUGCUGAGCUGAAGGGCAAGUUCACGAUGCACUGCGCAUUUUCGCGGGAACCGCCGUACAAGGCCGACGGUAGCAAGAUCUAUGUGCAGGAUCUCAUUUGGGACGACCGGAAGAAUAUCGCCGACGCCAUCCUGAAUGGGAAGGGAUAUGUGUACAUUUGUGGUGAUGCCAAAGCGAUGAGCAAGGCAGUGGAGGAAAUUCUUGCACGGAUUUUAGGCGAAGCGAAGGGUGGGAGUGAGGCAGAUGGCGCGGCCGAGAUCAAGCUGAUGAAGGAACGCUCACGGUUAAUGUUAGAUGUCUGGAGCUAA